UCAUGUCAAGGAGACAGGCAUCGUGACUGAAGAAUGCACUGCUCACACAAAGUGUCCCCACAGCCAAGGACGCACACAGGUGCACCUGAUGUACGUGUGUGAUGCAGCGGUCCCUCUCUGUCCCAGACACUCCCCAGCCACCACUGCCGGUAUCAUGAGGAGUGUGUGCCCUUCCUCCCUCCGUCUGGUUGGCACCAGCAUGCAUGCGCAACGCCUCCUCUCCACUAACACGGCGUGCUCCUCCUUCACCAGGACAGGUGCAAGCAUGCGUGAUGUUGAGUGUGAGCCAGCUGCCAGACGGUGGAUGGAGGAGCAGAAGAACAACGUGAACCUGCUGCUGCUGCUGCAUGUGGCCACUCGACUCCACCACCACCACCACAACAACAACAGCCAUGGCGUCUCCUCAGGCAAAGUCCACCGUGGCAUGUGGAUUGUGUGCCCAGGGCAAGGCGGCCAUCGUAUGCGACAGCAGCAGUGUGUCGGGCCAACGGUGAUCAAGACCACACCCAUGAUCGAACACAAAACGGUUGCUGUCGAACAUCUUGCAGAGGUGUCGUCAGGCGAGCUGGCAGACAUUGCACGCGACGGACGGUUUCGAGCACACCUGAGAACGGGGAAUCGGCGCCCUCCGACAACCACCAAGAUGCUGUUGCCGACACUCUUCGGAAGCCAUCACCCCACCCCAGCACAGCAGCAGCUUCCCAUGCCUCUGGGCAUUGUGCCGUGUGAGCCUGCUCGCUGGCACCGCGCCGGUGAAGCCCUGCAGGCAUCAUCGCCAGCAUCGGCAAGGUCGGCGGAUACAAAGGCCCGCGAGGAAACGCACACAUCAAAAAGACACCACGCGACGCUGAGGACCCUGCCUGGUGUUCAAAUGGUGCAUGUUGAUGGUGCGUCGUGCCAUGUGGAAGUCAAGCACGAGACCUAUGCAACGGGGCCACGCAACAUAAUCAUCGCGCUGAAGGAUGCUGGGGUACGCGGCGGAGCUGGAACACGAAUCACCACCCACAGGAGCGAGAUCCGCUUCUGCCCCAUCACCUUCAUCGUGUGUGCCACCGUGUUUCUUCGUCGCGUCCAUCAUCGUGGCUGCGUGCGGCCGGACUCCUGGGAUGCGCGCAUGAUCGACGGCAUGUCGCAACGCAUAUCCUCAUUCUCACGCUGCUGGGCCUGAUCUCCUUCAUUUCCCGGUCGGCCGUUUCUCGUCUCCGCGGCGCAGUCCACCAUGCACGGCGCUGUCAACAUG